AUGUCUGUUAUCUUCACUGGAAUCAUUGGCUGUCAGUCCUGGCAUCCCUCUGUGGCUGGCUCACAUUCCUGGACAUGUACUGCUGCCAUCCUCCUCCCAGCCCAUGCUGCUGUGCCCCUCAUGAUCACUGAAGAGGAGCUGCAAGGUGUCCUCUGCUACUUUCCUCCCCCUGGGGCAGCUGUCCCCCCUGAAGAAGGGGUCUACUUUGCAUCAGCCAAAAUGGCUUCUGCAACUCCUGCCCUUGUGAUGGGUGAAGACAUCCAAGGGCUGGAGGUGGAGUAUGAGUUGGACACUCUUGUGCUCCUCCCUCAGGCUUUCAAGCAGUUUGAGGUGGCACUGACUAUCACUGUGAUUGGCUGCCCAUGCAACAUUGUCAACCAGAUGUUUGACCUCAAGGCUCAGCCAUACAUCUUCAAUGGGAAGCAGGUGGCAUGCUUUGGUUGCUACUUCUCAGAGGAGGGUCACUUUGCCAGGAAGGUUCCAACCAUCAACCAGACUGCCCUUCUAUCCAUCACAGGAUUGCUCAUGGGCACUGCCCUUCCCCAAGAGGGGAGUCCUGAGGGCCAGCUCUCCUUAUGA